AUGUUUCGAAACAAAAGCCAUUUUGACCAGGGAUAUUUCUUUGUUGACCCUAUGUCAGAUGAACUAAAUAUGAAUAUGAGUCAAAAUAUGUCAUCAGACGAAAUUGAUCCUUGGCAGAUAAAUAUUUACAAUGAAUAUCCAGUGAUGACUAAACUCGUUCGCAACAUGCACACUUAUUUCUUGCCGUUUCUGAUUACAAUUGGACUUACUGGCAACACACUGAGUGCUCUGGUGUUCACCAAGACAUAUCUCAAAACAAUAUCAUCAAGUGUGUAUUUAACAGCCCUGGCAGUAUCCAAUAAUGGCUACUUGAUUUCGGUGUUGACAUUGUGGAUGGACACAGAACUGAAAUGGCCUUUGUACCACCAGAAAGAUUGGUGUCCCACAAUGGUUUUUCUGAAUCAUUUAUGUGACUUCCUGUCAGCAUGGUUCGUCGUUAGUUUUAUGGUGGAGCGAUACAUCGCCAUAUUUUAUCCACUUAAACGACCAGAGAUGUGUACAUCAUUUCGAGCUAAGAUUAUAUGUGCUGUUAUCACAUUUAUAGGCCUGUCCCUCUAUGUGUGUACAACAUGGACCAAUGAUGUCUUACACACGCCAUAUGGUUCUGUUUGCCUGCCCAUUAAUCCAAAGUAUGAAAAUAUCCACUUUGCCAUAAACUACAUUGAUUUUGUACUGAUAUUAAUUAUGCCUGUUCUAACUAUAAUCAUAAUGAACAUCAAAAUUGCCCACAAAAUCUCAUAUUUCUAUGGGAGACAAAACAUUGAAGAGUUCCGUAAGAGACAUGUGGGAAAAAUUACUGCUAAAACGACAAACUUAGGCAGCAGGGCACAAAUUAAAGUCACUAAAGUUUUAUUGAUCCUCUCUACUGUUGUUCUUUUGAUAAAUCUCCCUAUUCGUGCAAUGAAAUUAAGGAGCACCAUCCUGUCCAUUCAGGACCAGGAUUGGAGGGAAAGCACUCUUGAAUAUCUUUGGCAAACCUUUUUUAAUAUUCUCUAUUACUCCAGCUUUUCCAUUAACUUCAUAAUAUAUUCAAUUUGCUCAAAAAACUUUAGACGGGCCUUGGUUAGAUAUGCUUGGCAAAGAAAAUAUAGGACAAUGAGUUUUUUCCGACGAAGGCGAACUUUUUUAUUUAGGCGUACCCCUAGAUCUGUGCCUACAGAACAAAGAAACAUGCUAGACACUCCUUCACCAAACCCAUCGUAGUAUUGGUCGUUCAUAAGACCCCUUCAGAUACGCUUAUCAGGAUUGCACUGAUAUACUGUAUGGAUUGAGUGAUUUGAAGCCUUCUGUAAUAACAUGAAGUGCUUGCUGAUUCUGAACAUAGUGAUGAUGAUCAAUGUAACUAACAGAAAGAAAUCAUUCCUCAUAUUUUGAUUAACAGCUUGCAGUUGUAGUUAUCUAAACAAGGCCUGACUUUGUAAUCUUUAGACUUGGAAAUCAUGGGCAAAUAGGUAAUUCACCUUUGGGACAGCACUGCUUCUUGUGGCCGGCUGUAUGUUACAUUUAACAUUGUUUGUUAUUACAUGUAUGUUGCUACCACAAAUGGUGACAUAUUGU